AUGAUGCUUCUUUACGCUUUCGCUUUCGUAGGCUCUGUACUAGCCUCAGCAUCCCCGGCCUGCAAACUCUCCCCAUCUGAUCAUAAUUGGCCUUCUGUCGAAGAAUGGGGAGACCUCAAUCGAACUAUCGGCGGCGCACUACUCAAAACCCGUCCAGCCGCUUCUUCAUGCUAUGAGGGUAACCCUCUCGACUCACCCUUAUCUUGCCGCACCGUCGAGGGCAACUGGACUGCCGCCACCUUUCAUGCUGAUCUACCCGAGUCAAUCGCUUCUCCACUGUAUGCGAACAACUCGUGUUUACCACCUGGUGCCGAUGGUUACAACGCGGCCCGUGGAUGCCAUCUGGGUGGAUAUCCGAACCAUAUUGUCAAUGCCACCGGCGACGAACAAAUCGCUAUGGCUACUCGCUGGGCAUCCCAGAGAAACAUGCGUAUUGUGGUAAAGGGAACUGGUCAUGAUUUGUUUGGACGAUCUGCUGGCGCUCAUUCGCUAUCCAUAUGGACUCAUAACCUGAAGAAUAAAAAGCUUGUGCGAGACUGGAAGAUACCUGGAUCGAAUAAGACAGAUACUGUCUUGAUUGCAGGAAGUGGCCUCAACUAUUUCGAAGCCGUUGGCCACGCUCUGAAAUACGGCCGCGUUAUCGUGAGCGGCAAUGACGGCACCGUCGGUCUUGGUGGCCACAUUCAAGGAGGAGGCCAUGGUCCGUUGUCCAGUACUUUCGGUCUUGCAGCCGACAACAUCUACCAAGUUCGAGUUAUCACAUCCGAGGGUCAGAUCAUCGUAGCCGAUGCCACCCAAAACCAGGAUCUCUUGUGGGCAAUUCGCGGCGGUGGUGCAGGCCAGUACGGUAUCGUGACAGAAUACGUUAUCAAGACUCAUGCUGCACCCAGAGUAGUCAAUGCCGGCUUCUCUGUUAGCCUUGCCGGCAACAGUUCUACUGCUAUUGAAGCCAGCUUCAAGGCACUGGCUGCUCUUCUGCAAGAUCUUCCUUCUCUCAUGGACGCGGGUUUGGCUGGUGCAACAAUUGUUUCAGGCAGCCCCAAGACCGGUGUGACCAUUAGCCAGGGUAUUUACGCUUACAACAAACCACCAUCAGCUGUUCGAAAGCUCAUCAACUCAACCACGAAUCAUCUCUUGACUGCUAGUGGAGGACGAAACAACAGUCUCAUCACUGUUGUUCCUAGUGAGCUUUCUGAGUCUAGCUAUUUAUCCUUUUUCAGCGAUAUGAAUGCUGAGGGCUCCCAUACAGCUGGUGCCAUGUCGAUGGUCUCUAGCCGUCUUCUCGGACGGCCAGAGCUAUCAGACCUCAAUCAGGACAAGCUCGUUGGCUAUGCGAAACGUCUUCUCAGUCAUGGAUUUGUUGUCAUUGGUCUUCAAGGAGGACCUGGACCUGCCAAGGUCGAUAAGACUAUGCGCGGCUCUCUUCUCCCAGCGUGGCGCUCCAACUAUCUCCACGUCAUGAGCUAUGGUGCAAAGUUCAACAAGUCUCUUGCACCGCAAGACAUGUUGAAGGAUGCCGCCGAACAGCUUGAGGAAGGUACUGAGAGUUUGUGGCGGGAGUGGGCUCCUGAGACAGGUGCCUAUAUGAACGAGGGAAACCCUUUCAACUCCAACUUCAAGAAGGAUUUCUAUGGAAGCUAUUACGAUCGAUUGGUGCAGGUUAAGAACAAGUAUGAUCCUACUAACAGUCUGUGGGUUCUUUCUGGAGUGGGAAGUGAUGCCUGGGAUUAUGAUCUGAACACUGGUGAACUGUGCAAGCAGUGA